CUCUCUCCUCCUGUUGUCUCCCCCGCCAGUCUGUCUACUCUGCUCAUCACGUCUGCUGAAGAGUUAGUGGAGCUGCUGUGAGACGCUGCAACCAUGGCUGCUACUGGAACUUUCCGUAUGGUGUCAGAGGAGGAGCAGGCCAUGAGGGCAAAGCUUGAGCAUUUGACAGUGAAGGAUCAUGGGCCGGUGUUUGGGCCUUGCCACAAACUUCCCGGACACACUGUGCAGAAGGCGAAGGAUGAGCUUUACGAGACGGACGACAGGCGGAUGUCCUCCCUGAAGGAACUGCGUGUGAUGAUUAAGGACAGAGCAGCAGAGGGAGACGACCUGGCCAAACUAGUGCUGGAGCGCUUUGGGGACAAACCGGACUCUCUGCUGCUGCGCUUCCUCAGAGCUCGCAAGUUUGACGUGGUCAGAGCCCAUGAGCUCAUGAAGGGUUAUGUGCGCUUCAGGAAGGAAUAUCCUGAGCUUUUUGAGAACAUGACUCCUGAGGCAGUCCGCAGUACCAUCGAAGCGGGUUACCCUGUGGUCCUGCCCAGCAGGGACAAGUACGGCCGUGUAGUCAUGCUCUUCAACAUCGAGAACUGGGACCUGGAGGAGAUCACAUUCGAUGAGAUCUUAAGAGCAUACUGCGUCAUCCUGGAGAAGUUGCUGGAGAAUGAAGAAACCCAGAUUAACGGCUUCGUCCUGAUUGAGAAUUUCAAAGGCUUCACCAUGCAGCACGCCUCAGGAAUCAAACCAGCUGAGCUCAAGAAGAUGGUGGACAUGCUGCAGGACUCUUUCCCUGCCCGUUUCAAAGCGGUCCAUGUCACCCACCAGCCGUGGUACUUCACCACUACAUACAACGUGGUCAAACCCUUCAUGAAGAGCAAACUGCUGGAGAGGGUGUUUGUUCAUGGCGACGAGCUGGACAACUACAUUAAAGAAUUUGAUGCCGAAAUCCUACCUUCGGAUUUUGAUGGAAAAGCGCCGGUCGCUGACUGCCAGGCCAUCGCCACCAAGCUUUUUGGCUCUGAAGACACUGCUCUUUGAGAGACAGUCCUCUCGUUUCAAACCCAAGCAUUAUAGUGCCGUCCACCCUAGAUGCUUCUCACUGAUCAGAACAGAUGUGUGUUCUCCUCUGAAGCUUAGGUUGACAUUUGUAUUAUUAUUCAGGAACUUCCUAUGAGCAAAUAAGGAGUAUCUAAUGUUAGGAGCAGGCGCUGGUUUGCAAAUGAGUAAUAUAUGUGACAUAAAUGGGAAAAAGAGGAUGUUUAGAUAUAACAGAGAGAAUAAGUGAUGGUUCUAUUUUACAGCGUUGACAUUACUUGUAACUUUAGGAGCAGAGGGAAAAUGAGGAUUUAAUGAUGUAGCCGACAUACUGUAUGAGACAGACUAUAGCUUGAGAUCUUCUCCUUAAAAAAUAAUUUCACAGUAUACAGAACAGCCUUGUGCCUACAUUCCUCGUAAGAUGAAAGAGAGCACGAGGGAACUUUAGAAGAUCAGAAGAAGGAAAACUGAUGGAUAUGUCUGCAUUUGAUAAUUGUAAUAGGAGCUGGAGCCACCUGGUGCAGUGCCAUGGAAACACUUCUUUGUAUCAGUACCACAAAGAUCCACAUUUCAGUUUGCAUUGGAUUGAAAAUGUUCAAUUAAAUAUUUUUUUUUGUCUGUG